AUGGGUCUGAAAAGCUUAACCCGAACCCACAUUAUCGACUGGUACUUUUGCUUUGCCAGUGUUUACGCGAUUGAUCCGAGGAUUGUUGGAAUUAAUGGAGUGAACGAGGCUUUCGAAUAUCCUUGGAUGACAGUCAGCAACUGCGAGGAGCGCUUCAAGACGCUAGACCUCUCCAUUCAGUAUUUUGCUGACCACAUGAUUGAUGCUGGACCUAGCAUGCGCUCCUGUAUCCCACCAUUCACCAACCUUGUUGCAGAAUUCAAAGGCACUGUGAAGGAAUAUCUCAAGCUUCGCCACCGUCGUAUUGCUAUGCGGCUUGAUCCAGCGGUCGAAGUCCAGGAGGACUAUCCAGAUACGCAGCACUUGGACAAGGAAGAGGUGCUGAGCUGUGUGUCUCUUCCGUUCUCGCUGGAGUUCAUUCGCAAUUGCCUUCAUCAAUACUACCAAAAGACACUCCAGCGCCAAGCUAUUUCCAUCAAGCUGACCUGGGACAGUAAUAAGGAGGAGUGGACUGCAAGGAAACAGCAAUGGGUUGACGCGCUGGCACCGGAAUGGGAGAGCGGUGCUAUUCAGGUCAUCAUGAUCGAACCCAAAAAGCUGCUCAACUCUCCGUGGAGCGCCAGCAAACAGUACGACGAGGAGAGCGACCGCCCUACGCAUCCACUUCUACAGUGGUGCAAGCUCGAUUUGAUGAAUCGUGAAGAGGGUGUUUUGCAUUGGAGUCUUGUAGGUGUUGUUGCUUGGAGAUUCUAUGGGGAGGAUGAGUGGAUGGAUCGCUUUGGUCAUGUCAUUGAUGAAUGA